AGACAGCAGCAGGGAGGAUGGGACCCGGAAGAGAAGCUGCCGCUAGGGUGAGUUACUUCCCCGCCCCCCGGAGGAGAGAGGCAGCCUGGUUACACCAUGUUUCAGUUUCUGCUUGGUUUUGCUCUUGGCAAUGUGGUUGGGAUGUAUCUGGCGCAGAAUUAUGAUAUUCCUGACCUUGCAAAGAAACUUGAAGAUUUUAAAAGAGAUGUGGAAGCUAAGAAGAAACCUCCCAGUGACAAAUCGUAAGCCACUGAUGUUGACCGGAUCAUCUCCACACAAAUUUCAAGGAUGUAAUUCCCCUUCAAGCGACAAGUUCCAAGUAGAAUUCAGGCUUUGGGGGAUUUCCUCCACUUCCAGUCUCCCAGAACCUGGCUGUCCUUAAGCUGAAGUGCAAUCAUGAAUGUGCAGUGAGACCUAACAUCAGGAGUUUCAGGAAACCUGACUCAGAGCUGUUGUGAUUAGAAAAGAAAGUUUGGAUUUUCUUGCAAUUACCUAAUAUUUAUAAUCCAUUUUUAUAUGGCUCAACUGAAGAUCACUGCAAAUCCUACAAUUAUCCCUACCUGAUGCUUUAUUAUAAUUCUUAAAAUGCCUCAAAAGAAAUUAAAACAAAUGUAUCCGGAAGUCACUUCUGAAGACUUCUUUUAUUCUGAUUUAUAUUACGUCAUUGUCCUUUCUGUAAUCCUCCUGUGUGGGACUGAAUCAUGGAUAAUUUCAGUCCCUGUGCUGGAGAUGGAAUGAGAGCUUUGAGUGUCCAGUGAAUCUACAUGAAUAGUUGUCUGUUUCCACUGUUUGUGUAUUAUCUUGUUUUUGGCAGUGUUUUUCUUUGCACAAAGUGAGCAAAAACAUGAUUGACUCAAAAGGAUGUAAAGGGAUACCAGUUUCAACCUACAUUUUACCUUCACUGGUUUUUCUUUCUCUGCUCUGUUCCAUUGCCUCACCCCAUUUCAUUUUCACUCCUUCCCCUCCCCUUGGUCAUUUUGGAACAUGUACCUUAAGCUGGGGAUGAUGAAUCAGCAGUUGACUCAAAUUCACUUAGUCAUCUUCUAAAGAUGAUUAAAUGUUCAGCUCUUCUGCACCCUCUCCUUACUGCCCCAAGCAGCGCUUUUCCCCAGAUGAAGCAUUAGCAUACUGAAUGUAGUAUUUGACACACCCUACCAGGCCCUCAACCCCUGCUUUUCUUUUUGCAGUUGGACAAUAAUUUUAGUAUGUGUACAAGUUCAUCUUACCACCUCACUGAGCAUGCUCUGGCACUACUUAGCCUAGCAUGUUCCCCUUUACCUUUCUUGGCUACAAUAUAUUAAAUGGAAGUACAAACCCUUAAGUAUGAGGCAUUGAUCCAUGAUGUUACAAGUACUACACUCUUUGGCCUGAACUGUAAACACCCUAUCAGACAAAAAUAGAUGUAUGUUUAUUAGUUUAGUUUACUGUUCUCCACUAAAAAAGCACCCAUCCUUUGCAUUUCACACAUGUUUUUAGAAGUACAUGUAUAAAGAAACAGACCCAUCAAGUACCCCUGAUCAGUAAUCCUGCAACAACUUUUAUAUAACUACACAACACCUGUAUAAUGUGAGGGGGUGGAAUUAUCUCCAUUUUACAGAUGGCAAACUGAGGCAGAGAGAGAUUAAAGUAUAUAUUAGACAUUCCUACCAGCCAUUUAAAAUAACACUAUUUGUUGGUGAUUACCAGUAAGCAUCAUUGUAGUAGUGGGUCUUGAGAAGGAGAAAUAGCAUCAAAGAUUAUGGGAAUUCCCUAGGAAAACACAGCUAUGCCAAACCACUAUUGAGCACAGACUAUUCUUUGAGAGAGACUCGCACUGGGUAAUCCAAAAUCUGUUCAAGUCAGUCUUGCACUCUGUACUCAUGCACUUUCCCCUUGAGUACAGAACUGGACUCGUGCUGCCUAAUUGGUUUAAAAGCCCCUUUUCCAAAUGUGAUGAAUUUGGUAAUAAACAAUCUGAGGGAAAUUAUUUUUCUUCUUUUCUCCAGAACUUUAGAGCCAAAAUUUUGGUAUACAGUACUUAAAACCACUCAGAUUUCUUCAGUUACCACCUACAAUUAUUUGAACACUUAUUGUGAAUUUAGUUUUUUUCCCAAGGAGUAUAUUAUGCUCUUCCUGCAUAUCACAUAGAGGUGAGGAGGGAAUGAGUGUUUAAAGUUUCUCUAUAAUAUUUGACCAUAGAAGCUGCUUUAGCAUGAAAGGUGCAAUUUAUAUCUCAAAUGUUCAUCUGACAAUUCACAGCAGAUGUCAGGAAAUUUUCUAUCAGCCUAUAAAGCUUUUUCAAAUAGAGAGAACCAGGCAUAUCUGUAGCACUAUAUAAACAAUACAAAAGUAUUAAUAAUAAUGGUUUAAGUGUUCCACAAAGUUUGCAACACCUUGCAUAUUAGCCCAAAAUUAUUUUUCUUCCACCUGGAAAACUGGAGAGCUCAAUUACAUUUUAGAGGGCAAUAAUUCUUGAAAAUUUUGCAAGCCCUCUACAAUAAACUGUGUUAAACAUAAGUUAGCCAUGGGCUACACUAGAUUAUACUGAUGUGUAACCCAUAGUUACACGUCCAACUAGCAGAAAUUCGAUCUGGCAUAAAGAGUGUAUGAUGCAUAGUGCAUGCAAUGCCUGCUACAGUAGGAUUUGGAAUUGUUUUGGCAGCAGAGGUGUUACAGCAAGUCACACACCACUUAGAUUAAUUGAGAGCAUCCUUGAGGCAUCAUCUGGCAGCAGGUUUCCCAUUGCACUCAGGAACCAUGGCAAUGCGCACAGGAAUGAUACUGAGGUAAAUAGCUAAAUUGCCAACCAGCAUCUAAAACCGCCCUUCCCUUGCAAAAGCACCUAGGAUGAACUGGGGUGCAACUACUAGCUCCACUUUCUAGGGCUGAAUCCUUCAUGGGGGCACAGCAAUGGGAGAGAACGGCACAGCCUGUUUCAAAGUCUGGGGAAGGAAGAUAUGGAAUGCUACCACAGAAAGGCUGCAUUCCAGAUGUUUAACAAAAAUAAAGCCCUUGAUCAACAAAUACUAAAUCGCAGAAUGCUUCAAACCAAGAAGCUAUCAAUGUACCUCAAGUUUAGCAUUUCCUCUGACCCACUUCUAACCCAAUCACAUGCUGCCAGAGUCACCUGGUUGGUUGUCUGUUGACUGUUAUAGCUAUCCCAGAAUACCUUGCUAUGGAAAACUGAUGCAGGCUUCCACACCCAGUACACAGGUGCUUCUGUUUUACUUCAUGGGCCUCAUUCAGGUCAGGCAGUGCCAAACUGAGACUCCUGCAGAAUCCUUAUUUAUACAAAUGAAGGCAAGAACUCACUAUUCUAGUUGUUUCAAUAUUCUUCUGCUUAGAGUCUCUCAUUCCCGCUCCCCUUUCACUUCUCUUCACUAACCCUUUUCUGCCCUGCCCCCAACAGACCUUAAUGAUGGAGGUCUUCAUUCUAGUUAAAGAAGGCUGAACAUAGUUCUCUGGGGGCCAUCUUAGCACAACUUUGAGCACUGAUGAAUCUUGAUGGGAGGCAAUCCCUGCUGGCCUAAUAGCAAAGGACCUUUUCCCUGUGUAUUAAAUGACAUCAUGUAAAAUCCUGGCCCAAAGGAAGUCAGUGAUAACACUCUAAUUGCUUUCUAUGGGGCCUUAGACUUCCCUCUCCUACCACAUUGUCAGUCACGUCUCCCAACAGGUUCCUGCUGACCUCUCCACAUCUGCCUUUUUUAGGGGGCACUGUGAUAUAUUCUGUGCUGGCCUAGGGGCAGCGUCUUGUAUUGAUUGUACCAGCUUUGGAUCACUAUGGCCGAGAUUCAUAAAGGUACUUAGGCCCCUACCUCCCUUUGUGCUACUGGGCCUAUACUGUUCAAUGGGCCAUGGUACGCACACAGAACAAAGACACAAAUCAGUGCCAUAUGUUCAAGUGAUGUGGGAUUAAUUUCGUUAAUAUAAAUUACAUUUUGUAGAAAUAUGUUUAGGCCUUGCCAUUUCUGCAUAGAGUAAAUAUUACUGCUGUGUGAUGGCGUUACUUUUGUGUCUUAGAAACUGGUGCUUCAUGCAAUGAGGUAGGCAGUUAAACAGUGUAGGGACACUUUACCCUGUACUGCUCUUUUUACGUCUUUCUCUGGGGGACUGAAAAAAAUAGCUGUUUUGUUAAGUUUGUCAGUGAUGUCUGCUAACCUUUAUGGAUUCCCAAGAGGUGGGUUCUAUUUAUUGAGUACGUAGCAAUAUAAGAUAACAGAUGUUAUUCACUACUUCUUUUGAAAUAUGCAUUAAAAUUUAAAUGAUCACC